AUGUCCCGGCAACGCUUCCACGCCAUCCUGUGGUCAUUGCACAUGAGCGACCCGAAAGAAGACGAAGAAAAUGAUCGCAAAAGGAACACCGCAGAGUACGAUAGACUUUUCAAGAUAAAGCCCCUGUACACUGAAAUCACUGCUGCCUGCAAAGCACAUUUCCAGCCCCAUCAAAACAUUUCAAUAGAUGAAAGGAUGGUCGCCUCCAAAGCCCGCAUAAGCUUGAAGCAGUACAUGAAGAAUAAGCCAACAAAGUGGGGUUACAAGCUGUUUGUGCUGGCGGAUUCCUCCACGGCAUACACAUGGAACUUCUUUGUGUACACAGGGAAGAGUGAGUUCCUCUCAGGCCAGGGACUCAGCUACACCUCCGUGGUCGACCUCCUGCCUUUCCCUCUGCUCGGUGGGGGCUACACACUCUUUGUGGACAACUUUUACACAAGCCCUGCCCUCUUUGGGGAUUUGUUCGCAAAAAACAUUGGCUGUUGUGGGACCAUUCGAAAAAAUCGAGUUGGUUUUCCACAGACUGAGUUGAACGACCUUCCGAAAAAGGCUGAAAGGGGAGAUAUGCGUUGGAUAAGGAGAAGCAAGCUCCUGUUCAUAAAGUGGAUGGACAGCCGUGAAGUGACCAUGUGCUCCACAGUGCAUGCAGCCUUCAGUGGACAGACUGUCAGGAGGAAUGUGAAACGGGCUGGUGUGUGGCAGACUAAGAUUGUUACCGUUCCUGACGCUGUGGUGGACUACAACAGAAGCAUGGGCGGCGUGGAUGUGUCCGAUGCUUUGAUUGGGUACUACAGCGUUCUCCGCAAAACCAUGAAAUGGUACAAGACUUUUUUUUACCAUUUUCUGGACAUUGCCGUGGUCAACAGCUUCAUUCUCCACAAGGAGCUGCACAAGAUGAGGGUUGACCCCGGCAUGACGAACCCACACACCCAGAAGUCCUUCAGGGAGCAGCUUUCUGCAGAAUUGAGGGGUGAUGUCCCUGCAGCACCACCACCACUCCCCCCAUCAUCACAGGUAUGCAUGCCCGCGUAUUAUGGGGAAGAUGCCACCAAGCACAGGAGGUACUGCAGGAGGUGCUCUGAGGCUGGCAACAAAACGGUAAAGACACCUAUAUACUGCACUAAGUGCCUGAUCCCUCUGUGCCUCACUUCAAAGAAGAACUGCUUCAAGGCAUGGCACACCUCUGACUGA